UCCACAUACAGAAACCCUGCUAUGAGAAGGUAAUAAAAACUCCAAGCCCCAGGGACUAUAUCGGCUCAUUUUCUCGUGAAACGGGGGGAGUAGAGUCACAGCUGGAGCGAUAAUAAGAUGCGCAUGAAUUUACUAUCUGGCAAUAGCGGCAUAAAGAUAAGAGAAACUUUCAUAAAGCGGACGUUUCAGUAGGUUAUUGCGCGUAUUCACAGACAAACUAGAUUCGUAACAGUGAACGGCGCUUAACUAGUGCGGCUUACAAAAGUUGAUUGAACUUUACGCUCGGCGUUCCACAGUUGAUGGAGUUGCUAAGUUUCUGUGCUUCACUUACAAUGGAUAGGAAAGCAGCCUUUGCUCAUUGUGAAGUGGCAGGUUUCCUGUGGUCGGAGUGGUUUACUGACUUCAGCAAGGAGAAGAAAGGUCUGUGGUCAUGAAGUUUUCAAGCUCAGUUGCUGAAGUCUGGGAAUCGGUGAGAACUAUCCCAUUCACCUGCGUGCAUUAAGGUGGGCGGUCAAGCAUUUGCAAGAGAACUCCAUCAUUACUUCAUGCGAAAACACCCCAAACAAUGUCAGUUUAGACACACAGGGCUCCUACCAGUUUCCUUUCCUUUGGAAUGAGGAGAGUACACAGAAGCGGCGGUGCUUAGGGGAGCACAAGCCCAGAACUCAGAAACACAAAACAACCCUCUUUUGUUUCAAUUAUUUUGUUGCACCCACCGGCCCCCGUCGGAGGAGGAAAAACCCCAAUGUCUACCUCCUCCCCCGCGUCCUUACCUCGAGCCUACGUCCACUCGCUCCAUCCGCACCACCCGUCCUCGCCGCCCACCCCGUCUCCGUCGCCCAGCCCGCCGGGGCCACUCUACAGCCGGCUCUCCAACGGCAGCCACAGCGCCUCCAGCCCCACCAACUCCCGGGGCUCUUUCCAUGGCGUCUCCUUCCUGCUCCAGAUCGGACUCACCAGGGAGACGGUCAGCCUGGAGGUGGGGGACGUGUCGCUGUCCGCCGUCAAGGACCUGGUGUGCUCCAUCGUCGACCAGAAGUUCCCCGAGUGCGGCUUCUUCGGUAUGUACGACAAGAUCCUCCUCUUCCGCCACGACCUGAGCGACGAGAACAUCCUGCAGAGGCUGAGCGCCGCCGAGGACAUCCACGAAGGAGACCUCAUCGAGGUGGUGCUCUCCGCCCUAGCCACGGUCGAGGACUUCCAGAUCCGCCCCCACGCCCUCUAUGUGCACUCCUACAAGGCCCCCACCUUCUGCGACUACUGCGGGGAGAUGCUGUGGGGCCUGGUCCGCCAGGGCCUCAAAUGUGAAGGUUGCGGGCUGAAUUACCAUAAGCGCUGCGCCUUCAAGAUCCCCAAUAACUGCACCGGUGUCCGAAAGAGACGUCUGUCUAAUGUCUCCCUGCCCGGGCCCUCGCUGUCGGCCCCCAGGCCCCCGCCUGCAGAGACCGCUGUGGUCGUCAUCGAAGAGCAGCAGCGGUCCCACCAGGAGGCGGGGAAGCGGAUCCUGUCGUGGAGCGGCCGGCCCAUCUGGAUGGAGAAGAUGGUGCUGGGCCGGGUGAAGGUUCCGCACACCUUCGCCGUCCACACGUACACACGGCCCACCAUCUGUCAGUACUGCAAGCGCCUGCUCAAGGGCCUCUUCCGCCAGGGCAUGCAGUGUAAAGAUUGCAGGUUCAACUGUCAUAAGCGCUGUGCUUCCAAGGUACCCAGAGACUGUUUGGGAGAGGUGGUCUUCAAUGGCGAGCCCGCCAGCCCGGGGCCGGACUCGGACAGCACGGCGGACACCAUGGACACCAUGGACACCAUGGAGGUGGACAGCAGCGACACGGAGGGGCUGAGGGGGCUGGAGGACCCCGAGGAGCCCACCACCCCGGAGGACAAGAUGUUCUUCAUGGACUCCCCUUACCUGGACCGGGAGAAGGACGAGGAGCCCGUCAAGAUCAUCAGCCCCUCCACCAACACCAACAUCCCCCUGAUGCGGGUGGUCCAGUCCAUCAAGCACACCAAGAGGCGGAGCUCCACGGUGGCGAAGGAGGGCUGGAUGGUGCACUGCUCCAGCAGAGACAACCUGCGGAAAAGGCAUUACUGGAGACUGGACAGCAAGAGCCUGAGUCUGUUCCAGAACGACACCGGAGCCAAGUUCUAUAAGGAGAUCCCCCUGUCUGAGAUCUUGCAGGUGGAGCCGUGCAGGGACUACAGCCAGCUGGCCCAGGGCAGCAACGUGCACUGCUUUGAGAUCAUCACCUCCACCAUGGUGUACUACGUCGGUGAGAACCACGGAGGCCACUACCACAGCCCCACGCUGGCCGCCUCGGGGGUGGGGCCCGAGGUGGCCCAGGGCUGGGAGAAGGCCAUCCGGCAGGCCCUGAUGCCCGUCACCCCCCAGUCAAGUGUCGCCAGCGCCGCCGGACACGGCAAGGACCACAAUGAGCUGUCCAUCAGCAUUUCGGUGUCCAACUGCCAAGUUCAGGAGAAUGUGGACAUCGCUUCAGUGUACCAGAUCUUCUCUGAUGAGGUGCUGGGCUCCGGCCAGUUUGGCAUUGUCUAUGGAGGUAAACACAGGAAGAGCGGCAGAGACGUGGCCAUCAAGGUGAUCGACAAGAUGAGGUUUCCUACCAAGCAGGAGAGCCAGCUGAGGAACGAGGUGGCCAUCCUGCAGAACCUGCAUCACCCGGGCAUCGUGAACCUGGAGUGCAUGUUUGAGACCCCGGAGCGUGUGUUCGUCGUCAUGGAGAAGCUGCAUGGGGACAUGCUGGAGAUGAUCCUGUCCAGCGAGAAAAGCAAGCUGCCCGAACGCACCACCAAGUUCCUGGUCACGCAGAUACUGGUGGCCUUGAGACAUCUGCACUUCAAGAACAUUGUUCACUGUGACCUGAAGCCGGAGAACGUGCUACUGGCCUCAGCAGAACCCUUCCCUCAGGUGAAGCUGUGCGACUUUGGCUUCGCCCGCAUCAUCGGCGAGAAGUCGUUCCGCCGCUCGGUGGUGGGCACGCCGGCCUACCUGGCGCCGGAGGUGCUGCGCUCCAAGGGCUACAACCGCUCGCUGGACAUGUGGUCGGUGGGCGUCAUCGUGUACGUCAGCCUGAGCGGCACCUUCCCCUUCAACGAGGACGAGGACAUCAACGACCAGAUCCAGAACGCCGCCUUCAUGUACCCACCCACGCCCUGGAAGGACAUCUCGGCCGAGGCCACGGAUCUGAUCAACAACCUCCUGCAGGUGAAGAUGAGGAAACGGUACAGCGUGGACAAGUCACUCAGCCAUCCCUGGUUACAGGACUACCAGACGUGGCUGGACCUCAGGGAGUUCGAGACGCGGCGCGGCGAGCGCUACAUCACCCACGAGAGCGACGACGCGCGCUGGGAGGAGUACUCAGACGAGCACUGCCUCGUCUACCCCAAACACUUCAUCAUGGCGCCCAACCUGGACGACAUGGACGAGGACCCCUAGUGGUGGGGGGGGGCGGGAGGGGGAGGAACGCGCUUUAGAAGAGAAAAACCAUGUGUGCUGUGCUCCACAGCGGACGGCAGGAGGAACUAGAGUGCAACAUGGGAGGACUGCUUUGGCUGGCAGCCUUUCGGGAAAGAGGCCGAAUAGGACCUCUACCAAAAUAAGACCUCCUUCCUCCUCUGGGGGAGGAGCAUGUGAAACCGGAGAGGGUCAAAGGUCAGGCCACAGUGGCCUGUGGAAUGUGGCGAACAGCGUAGGACAGCAAACGUGUCCCGUGGAGGGAGAAGGCCGGCGUGAGCGCGUGGCUCCUGGCUGCGUGAGUUUGGCCACAGCCGCAGCAAUGCGUCCAGACAACUGUUGGGAGAUUGUUCUUUUCUGUUGUUGCUAUGUUGUUUUCUUAGUUUUUUCGAUUUGUCUCUGUUUGCACCGUACAAAAUGACUUUCCUUUGGGUUUGCCAAGUUCAAAGAACAAUAAUACAAGCUGAGAAACGCGGUUGAAUAGAAUACACAACUGAGGCGAGGAGGACGCGACGAGGACCGGAAGAGAAAGUGAGAAAGAGCUUCCCCCGGGAAUAAAGGGCACUUGACACAAGGGAUCAGCGGUAUGUGGUAGACCAGGGGUGCCCAACCUUUUUUGACCCAAGAUCUACUUUUCAAGUAGCCAACCUCCCGAGAUCUACCAGCAAACCUACCUUCA